AUGAACCCUAACUUCGUCCGUCAUGCUUUGGCGUUACUGGUUAGGGCAGCCGAGGCAAGAAUCCCCUUCGGAGUCGAGCAACUCCACAGGAUGUGCUCUAUCAAGAGCAAUUCUUCUUUUCCGGGGUCUUUUUACCUAUCUCCUCGAAAGACUCGAAGUGUUUUCGAAGAUAUCCCGGCUCGCGAUGAUCGUUGGAAGGAGAAAUACUUCUUCUUCCGGGUUAACGCACACUCCGUCGGAUCUUUCGAUUUUGAUCGGCUGCCCACAGUUUGGGCUCCGAGAGUUGUUGUUCCGACGAACACCGGCCUAGACAAACCAUUGAUCGCUGCUUUGAAGGACGGUGAUUGCUCGUGGCCCAACUUCACAAGGGAGAGGAUCCGUCGCGCUCUCGAAACUGAUAAUCCGCAGCCUGCCGUUACUCCGGAGCCUGAAAUUGAUCCGUUGAACCUGCCGUCCAUUAAUCGUCUGGCCAACUUUCACCAGAUCCCGAUUGGUACUAGCUGUCGGGAAGUUCCGGACGCAACCUCUUCAAGCACUUCGCACCAUUCCUUGAUCCGCAGAGCAUCCAAAGGAAAAAUGACAAGGAGGCCAUCAGCUCGCGAGGCCGAAAAGGCAAGGAAGAACCGGGCUCAAGCUGGGAGCUCGGGAGCUGUUCGCACUGGUGAGAUUCGUCGCGCUGUGAGCGACGCACUUGAGCAAGCCUCUGGGGCUUACGAGACUCCGGCCACCGGUCUUCCCGCCGACCCCACAUCGAGGGCUAUCUCGCUUAGUUCGCGAGAUUCUGAGAGGACUUCACGUCCCAAGAAGCCAAGGGUGGAGGACCCAGCUCCGGACAGGAGGUCGAACUCCUCAAACGGGUCAGGUGGAUCGAUCCCGUAUGGUUGGACAUUCAACCAUACCAAAGGGUGCCCGAUCGCUGACGAUCCGGAGGGGGUAGCCUUCAUUUUCCGGUACUUCAAGCCUCCGGAUUGCGUGCUGCCCCCGGUUCGGGAUAUGGCGGAACAUGCCGCCUAUGUGAAGAUGAUGGCAGCUCACGGCCGGGCUCUCGAGGCUGUCAACGAGUAUUCUGCCAUACUCGAAGACAAAUCUUUGGCCAUGCCUACCUCCGACGAGCUCGAGGAGAUGAAAAAGACUGUGUUCGACCUCUUUUCGAAGGUCAAGAAUGCGGAAGAGAAAGAAAAGCGUCUGGAGACCCAGCUUCGGUCUGCGAAGACGGUGGCGGACUCUGCAAGCCGGCGUGCUGAUGAUCUGACCGAACAAGUUUGUGGUCUCAAGGGAGAGGUUGAUGCAAAGGUCAGGCGGCUGUUAGGGAAGCGAAGCGGGAAUUUGCCGAGAAAGAUCUGGCGAUCUUCCAUUCUCUCAAGGAUAAACGAGAAAGCUCGCCUCGAGGAGAAAAUUCCCGAGCUCACUCAGAAGCAUGCUGACGCGGAGGUGUCCGACUUCUCUCUUGCGAAGCUCGAUCUUCCGCAAAUUUCGGAGGUGUCCGUGAGGCCGAUGGAGGUUGAUCCGGUGUCGCAGGUUCCGCUUGGACUCGACCAGUUUGGAAGUAAUGCUGCUGUUGGAGGUGGAGAUGAGUUGGCGGAUGACUCAGCGAUCCCAAUGGAGAAUGAGGGCGGCGAGAAUGAGCCUAAGGAGUGA